GUUUUUAUUUCUUCCCCCAUCGAUAAUAUUUGAUGCAAGCAAAGCUAAAUUCAAACUUAUAUUCUGAGCCAUCACUUUUAACCAUGUUUUAGAUUUGAGCAGCAUUAUCCUAAUCAAGUUGAAUUUAAGACGGACAUAUCUGAUCUUUGCAGUCCUCUCUUGAUUACAUGGAGCAGGCCGACCUUCAAAUUUGAUGGGAGGCAAAUAAUAUCCGAGCUCUGCAACUCUCGAUGACGUCUCUGCACUUCAAUCCAAUCAUCGGUUGUGGACCUCCGGCUAGAUGGCAACACGGAUUCAGAUCUUACUCAAAAAAUUGCCAUUUUGAUUUGAUGCAAGUUGUCGCACACAAAACAUAUUGUACCAUAAAUUCUUCAGUAGGGCUAUACCGUGUGAAUGGAAGCUAUAAAAGAGAUAUGAGACGGAGCAGAAUACUUGCAUAUGCUAGUGGAAAUAAACAUAUAGAGGAUUUAACUGGUGGAAAGGGAGAAAACUCAAAUGAAUCCAGACAAAAUGUUGACAUUGUGGUUGGCACAUCCGAUAACUUUAGUUCUUCUACUCCAGUGAUGGCUUCUGAUCAAAAGUCAGAACCUCAAGCAUCAGCUAGGAAUCUGUUGGCCACGGAUGUAAAUGAAAGUGACAGUGCCUCUUCUCAAGUUGCAACUCAGAGGAUUGAAUCUUAUAGUGAGUCAAUAUCAAGUCCAAUGAUUGCUCCAAACUCAUCAUCAGUCCCUUCCGAUGUUUCUCGGAUGGAUAAUCCAUCAAUUAAAAGCCAACAAAGAUCUUUUACUUCUGGAAAACUCUCUCUUUCAGCACAGGAAAAGCUAAGAACUGCUCGCACCCUUUCAGGAUUUGCAGAAUCAAAUAAGCCUGUAAUGCCACAGCCAGGUAAAAAUUUAUUAGAUGCCUUAAGGGAGAGUGAUAAGCAAGGGAAGACUACUAAAUUUGGGCAACCUGUCGUACCCUCGAAUCUGUUUGAUGAUAAGAAACGAGGCUCACCUGCUGAAUGGGGAAAGUUUGUGUUUACUGUGGCACCUGGUCAGCUUUUUCUUUUACUAUCAUUUUUGUUAAUCAGUAGCAUCAUGUUUGGAACAACAUAUUUAGUUUGGAAACUUGGAGCUAUACAUUAUAACGAGUACUGAAUGGCUGUGUUUUCCAAGGCCAGUUUACACCUUCCACCUUUUAGGUACUCGUGACUAAUACCCGUGCAUUUGUAAAGCAAUAUUUGGGAUAGUUUUUCACCUUGAAGAAUGCAAUAAAUCAGUGUUUGAUUUACCUUA